AUGCGGCAGCAACCUUCUGCACAGUGGUGGCGGGAGCAGCUUGACGCAUACAGUCUUGAGCGUGGUUUCAGGUUCAACAGACUCGUGGAAAUCCACAGUCGCUUCUCCCCAACGGGGUUGCUCACGACCGAGUACCUUCGUUUUCUGUGGAGGAAUGUUGUGAAGGACGUAGACGAGUUGGUCUUCGGCCGCCUGGUAGAGAUGAUGGCUUUGCACAAUGCCAUGUUCCCGUGCGAUGACUGUGCGGUCGGAGGGGGCGCCGGCGUCGCGGAGGCGUCCCUGGCGAAACUACAGGAAGCGGUAUCCCGUGGCAUCCGCAUGCAGUUCGUGAUCGAAAUCCGCGCAGAUUACGUGCCACCGGCGAUCAUCGCGCAGUUCCUGGGCGCCUUCGGUCGCAGCAGGGUUGAAAUCUUCCGAAAUUUAGUGUUCCACACCUCCUGGUCUCGAGGGGUGUCGUUUGAGGCGGCCGGGCGGGAGUGCCUCAUUAGUCGGGGCGAGAACCUUGUAAGCCCAGGAAGAGCCAGAGCUUCUACCGAGCCCCGGUGUUUCAUCGAGAUCAAUAUCGGUGGCACUGGGAAGAGCGACGUGUCCGCCGUUGGGUUCGAGAUAAAAGAGAAAGUGGUGCAGCUCCUGGAAGAGAAAUACCCGGGCCUGCUGUUCGACGCGUCGAUGAACCCGACGUACAUGACCGGGCCCGAUGCAUGGCAAGACAGCUUAGCGGCGUUGGAGAGGGACUUGCUGGAAAAGCUUGAUCAGAACCUCGAGAUCGUGCUCAAUCAAAUCCUGGCCGCUGUCGGAGCUCAAAACUUGGGCACUGAUGAAGCCUUGGCCAAGCAGCUCAGCACCCUUAAGUCAGACAUGCAACGCGACGUCAGCCUUAAGCUGGACUCGAACGUGGAGAAGAUUGUGGUCAGCGUGGAAGCCAUUGUCCAGAAGGCGCUAUCGACGGCGACGGAGAGGAGGAUUCUGAGAGGCGUGGCACAGGACGUGGCCUUCCUGCGGUGGCCCAUCCCCCGCCUGGUAUGCGUCCUCCCCGCCCCCGAGAAGGGUCGGGAGCCCCUCACGGAGAUCGACAGGUCAUUCGAGAAGUGGUCAGCCCUUCUGGACGGCUGGGUCCGCAGCGGCAAAAAGGGGGGCAGAAGAUGUGCCACGCGAGAGCUGCGCGUGUUCUUCCUGUGCCCGCAGGACAUGAGCCUUGCCGAGUGCGGGAGAGGCGGGCAAGGGUACGAGGUGAAGGAACUGCUGAGCUGGGCGAAGAAAACGAUACCCUCGGCUAAGGUGGGGUUGGCGCUUGAAGCGUUUUGCUCCGGAAUCGAGAAGAUGGCGAGCGUCUCUGGGGAGGGACUUGAAGGCGCCAGGCCGGCGGGAGGGCCACGGCCACAACAGGUGCGCCCUGCCCCUUUGCAGGGGUAUGCUUACGACCAGCUGAAGGAUAUGUGUAGAAGCUUCGAGGUGGAUGGAACGGUCAAGGGGAAGUCUCCCUUCCCUAGCUUCGACACGGCCAUGCAGCUGGUGGACAGGGGUGGGCGUGGUGUAGAGUGGGCAUGGGUCAGGACACAUAACAUAGACCAGUUCGUGAGUUCGUGAGUCGACAGCGUCACGCGUCCAUGAAUUUGUUUCGUCAAUGACACGGAAAUUGACGCCAACUUGUUUCGUUCAUGCAAGUAUUUGGGGGGUUCUGCUAGUAUUGGUUGUAUUGCCUGUUGCUCUGGAAUUUCCGGAAGGAAGUAACGUGAGCAUGCUUGCGUUGAAGCUGUUGCAGAAGAGUAUCCUAUUUUUUCCGGAGACUGUUCGUAUGGGACGGUGCGUAUAGCCUUCAGACCGGUGGUACAAGAUGAGGUCAUCUGAGUGUUGGAGUAGUGGCAUGACGUGAUCGAUCGAGGGGCCACUGCUUGUGCUCUCCCGCACGCACGCAGUCACCACUAGAAAGUGUGCUCAUAUGUUCCAUAAAUAAUUUACGUGGUCAGUGUAGAUCUUUGGUCUUGGUUCUCGCGCGUCAUCGGCCGACUAGGCGCAGCAACAUGAUCUGAAGCGCAAAUGAAGCCGGUAGCAAUACCGGAGCGAGAAUCGGGUCCAUGAAUGGGCGCUAAUAGCGCUUCAGGCGUGC